CUAGCUUACUCCGGUAGUAGUUGACGUCGACGCACCGAUCCACAAAGCACAGCUAUCUAUCUGAUACGUCCUUCGCGACCAGCGACUCUAAAUUUGAGCUGGAAUCGAGACAAGCAUUUCGAUCCCCUCAUCGAGUGAAUUGACCGCCAUGUCUUCGUCGUUGAUCUCAUUAGGGGUCGCCAUUGCCGCGGUCUUCCUCUUCUGGACCAUGUCCUCCACCUCGUCGUCGCCCUUUGCGCGCAACUUCCCGCGUCUCUAUAACCAGCGCAUCUGUCUGCUCAUUGCGCACCCGGAUGACGAGGCGAUGUUCUUCGCGCCGACGGUCCUGGCUCUCACGAAACCGGAGCUAGGCAAUCAUUUGAAGAUCCUGUGUCUUAGUACCGACGCCGACGGACUCGGCCACAUCCGCAAGAAAGAGCUCCAACAGAGCGCCCUGCAGCUCGGCCUGCGCAACGAAUCAGACGUCUAUGUCGUCGACGACCCAUCCCGCUUCCCCGACAGCAUGUCCACCACCUGGUCGGAGGCCGACGUAUCGGACCUGCUCGCCUCAGCCUUUGCGCCGGACCUGCUCGCCGGCGGCGGCGGCUCCUCCUCAACCUCCUCGGCGACGGCGGCGUCGUCGUCCGCACGCAAGAGGGACUCCAACUCCAGCUCCAACGCCAAGAACGCAUCUCCCACCGCCACCAUCGACAUGAUCCUCACCUUCGACCAGCACGGCAUCAGCAACCACCCGAACCACCGCUCGCUGUACCACGGGGCGCUGUACUUCUUGCGUUCCCUGAUGAAGGAUAAGCCGGGGUACUCGUGUCCGGUGUCGCUGUAUACGCUGCACACGACGACGCUGCUGCGGAAGUACAUCGGGGUGCUGGAUGCGCCGGUCACGAUGGCGCGGGGGGCGCUGUCGUCGCUGGUGUCGAGCUUGGCGAGGAAUUGGGGCUCCGCUGGGUCCAGGGAGGGGGGCAAUCCGUCGCAGUUGUUGUUCGUGAGCUCGGUGGGAGAGUGGAUGACGGCGCAGUCGGCGAUGGUGAAGGCGCAUAAGAGCCAGAUGGUGUGGUUUCGGUGGGGGUGGAUUACCCUGGGGAGGUAUAUGGCUGUGAAUGAUCUGCAGCGGGAGAAGAUUUGAUGGAGGGGUGGUUGAUGGUAUUGGGCUGGGCUUGGAUGAUCGGGUGUCUGUAUAUUAGUGUUAUUUGGGGUCCUUGUAUAUGGUUGGACUACUGUAAAGAGCCCUCGUUCAUUUAGAUUCACU